AGGGUACACCUCAGCAGUUACGAUCUGAAUCUUAGGGAUUCUUGAGUUAAACAAAUCUCUGAAGAGAUACGAUUGAGCUUCCCAUAUCUCUUUGCCUUCCCCGUCAUAAAUGCUGGCUCAGCAUUCGAGGGACGUGACAGCUAAAGUCGGCGCACGUUAUGCGGGAGGGGCGUUAAGCGUCUGCCACGUGUGGGACGCUAGUUGGCGCGUCAGAAACACGCGUACGGCAAUUAACGCUACUAUCCUUCUCUGCCUUGAAGAACAGCACACCGAAUCGACUUCACAUCAGUUUCAGGUAAAAAUGGUUUCAUUGAGAGAACUCACAGAGCAACGAGGUAACCAGGGCAGAGAGGGAGAAGAGGAAGGGGUUUUGUCCGUGGAGCCUAUCACUAUGAUAGUGCCGCCGGAGUUGCAGGAUGUACCGGAAACAACGGCGUCUGAGAACAGCGCCGGUUCCAACGCCAGCGACAACGGUGACGACCACCGUAGUGCGUCGUCGAGCAACUCGUCUACCGAAGAGACACCCAGCCGCGAAGAAGGGAUGGGGGACGUGGUGAGCAGUGUCUCAGAUCGGCCGGUGAUUGGGGAAUGGGAAAGCACGACGAUCCAGGGCAGGCUGAGCAACCUGCGAAAAGCACCAAAGGACCUGCCCACUGGAUUCAGGUUCAGGGCUGCACUUCAUCACGAAGUAGCAGAUUGUACGUCCUCCAUAAGUGGAUAUAAAAGGCUCGAGGAGAUGGUGAGGGCGUACCACAUCCCCAAAACCAUACUGCUGCGGACUGGCGGGAAGAACGAAAGGGCGUGCAUGGUGUCGCGAACGGGCUGGAUCCCAUUAUAUGCGGACCACUUUGACGCCGGCCUGCGAUUUCCCCUGCCCGGCCUGGUGUUCGAUCUGCUCGCGGAAUAUGAGCUGGCGCUGACGCAGCUAACGCCCAACAGCAUAAGGUUCAUCAUAGGCUUUAUGCUGUUGUGCGCAAGAUUGGAAGUGCCAGCUAAAGCAAUAGUGUUCAGGUCGCUAUUCCAGUGCCGGCUGUGUCCGAACUCACGAGGAGCGAAGUGGUACUACCUCUCUGGGAGGGAUAAGAGCCAGCUCUUAAAAAACGUGAGGAACAAAGUGGCGAGGUGGAAGAGACAGUUUAUCUUUGUUCGAGACGCACAAGCAGAAAGGAUAAACAACAACCUCGCUGCCCGGCUGUCUGAGUGGUGCACGCCAAACGCCCACAUCAACUACCCCCAACUGCUGCCCCGGGAUGUCGAUCUAAAGAACCAGCUGCUUCAGUAUGCACAGAGGGAGGGUCUUAUAGAUCUAGAAGCCCUGGUUACUCGGAGAAUCUCGCCGUGUUCGGGUGAAAUGAGCAGCAUACUGGAACGUCAGCGUCAACGUGCCCAGAGCUCACGAGGUCGUGGGACGGGCGGCAGCUCGCAGAGACAGACGCGGUUUGACCGGGCUGAGGCUGUGGCCCCCAGUGCGCGCAGGCGCGCACGCGAGGAAACAGAAAGCGAGGAAGAUGAGGUCCCCCUUGCUCGGCGUCGAACAAGCGGGGGGAAUCAACCCGCACAGGCGGCGCGUCCCGCAACCGUGCGUUCUCCCAAUGCGCCUUCAGCAGCUGCGCGGGCAGCAGUAGAGCCUGCCUCUGCCUCAGCUUCAACAUCGGGCCCCGGGAUUGCUUAUCCUGAGGGUUUCAGCUACGUGCGGGCGGAGUGCCAGCCCGCCAUGGUGCAAGGCAUGCACAGCUUUGUGCCCCCCGCAGACAUUAAGCGGGCAAAGGCUUUUGUGCAGCAGCAUGGCGGGCAGGCAUUUAACUACGCUGUGGCGCUGUAUGAGAGCGAGCAGGGGGCUCGUGCAGAAAGCAGCGAGCUCGGUUCAAAGUGCAAACAGCUAGCUGCUGAGAAGGCUAGCCUUGUGGACGAUGUGAAUCAUCUGCAAGGCUCCGAAAUGGCGAACCGAGCUGCGGCUGCAGAGAGCCGGGCGGAUGAGCUCGCCAACAGGAACAAUGAGCUCAGGGAGGAGCUUGAGCGCGCCCGAGCUGAAAAAGAGAGUGGGAUCCAGGCGGCGAAGGACGAGGCCGCCAGGGUUGAGGAAAGGGCGAGGAAGGCUCAGUCCGACAGGGACCGUGCUCAACAUGAGCUGAGCUCCCUGAGGCACCAGCAUCGCCCGAGCUCAAGGGGCGGAAUGGUUCGUUGGCUCGGCUGCGUUUCAGGACGCCGUGGCGGUGGUGUCUGUAAAUGUAACCACGGAGAUCUACAACGAGAUCCGUGGGAAGGUGCUGCAACACCGCCCGGACUUCCCGAUAGGCGAACUGGCGUUCUUUGA